GGUAUCUAUCAGCACAACACUUUCUAUGAGAUGGUAAAUUUAGUUAAGCCUGCUACUUUCUCUCGUGUCUGAUAACCAUCACUCCCAACACGCGAAUGUACCGGCAUCAUGCUAGUGACUGUUCACUCCCAAGUGGUUGAUUCUGAUGUGCUUAUCCCAAGCGCGGAGGGUAUUGAAGAUACCGAGAUAAAGAUUCCUACUCCUUGGAUAUUCGAAAAUUCUCAUAUCGCGGAUACGUUUUGUACAGAGCACUGGCCUAUGGAAAGCGGUGAUUUCAGAGAUUUUUUCUGGCUUCUUAAUUCCUACUACACUGAAUUGAACGAGCCCGGUACAAAGGACAUAGUGUGCGAUAUGAAUGCAUCCCAGACGAUCUCAUUGCCCAAGAAAAACUGGAAAGUCUCGAGUAGAGAGUACUUUGCACAUUUAAUGAGAUCACAGGGUAUGAUGUUAAGGGUAUUGAUGGGGACUAUUUAUCAUAAUCUUGAAAAUGGCCAGGCGCAAGAGUCUAAAAUUCACUUCCCCGUGUCAGGUUUUAAACAGGUAUAUGUUAUAGGUGGUCAACGACAUUCUAGUAUACCAGAUGGAGCAGCUAUGAUUGGACCGCGCGAACGACGUUUGCCGAUUAUCUCUUUUGCUGGGACGUGGAGCGAAUUCUUGGCAGAAAUCCUCAGCAUAAUGCUAGGACAACUUGCCAGAAAUCUCAGUGGAGGUUAUGAGGACCAAGAAGUCUUUGUAAUUGGAUUUUAUGAGCGAUGUAUCUAUAUUGCUCGGGGACUUUUUGGAAAAGAGUUGAUUUCACGGGUACAUGUGAAGGGCUGUACACAGGAUGACACGGUUGAGUUACAGUUCACGCGUGGCUACGAUUUGUCCUUGCGAGAAGACUGGUUUGAAGCUAUAUCCGCAUUGGCAAAGCUGCUUCGGUAUCUCUUAAGCGGGAACGCAAAGAUGAGUGCUUUGAAGGCCUAUUUACAUAAGGCUGCCGAUCCUGCGGAGUGUCUUUAGAUAGCUAUGGCUUCUUCAAGAUAUCUAACAGCUUCUCCCGGUAGGCAGGGGCUGAUUGUGUAGACAUGGACCAGUCAGACAAAAUGGGCGAGGGCCCAAAC